AUGCGGAGCGCGCUCUUUUGGCAGGUAGGAAGGGUGGUUACUGCGGUGGCCCCUCGAUGUCACCGGCCUCCAAGGCGAAGUUACUUACUCGGACGUUCCCUUGACCUCGACCUCGACCUCUGUUUGUCUCUCGACUUAAAACCACGACCUUUGCCUCCUUCGGACCUUGGGAUGCAAGUACUUCCUUAUGAGUACUUCUACACCUCGAUGGGCUUCCAUUCCUUUGGUUGCGUGCCUACGUGUUUUGCGUUCUAUAAACGCACUUUCAAGGUGGACUUCCUUGCAAGAGUCGAGGAUCGUGGUCGAAAAAGCACGAGCAAGAGUGCCCCCGCCGCAAAGCCACCUCCUUUCGAACACCCAAGCUUUCGCUGUUUCCAGUAUUUAGUAGUGGAAGACGCCACGGAUCCGGGAUUUACUUUUGAUAAACGACUGGCUAACACGGCGUGCAGCUGCCCCGCUACUCAAUCGACUUGGAAGCAACGCCCGAUACGCCAGUUGAAGCUUUUCAAGAGCCAAAGCACACCUCUAGCAGCUGCGUGGAUAUCAAGCAUGUUCGGCGGUUACCCUCACCUUCGCUGUCAAUCCUCUGGAGCGCAGGACUUCAGUGAAUCGGAGUUUGUGAAGCCUCAACGAUGCAAGGGCCUGAGGACUCCUGCAAGACUCAACAUGUUCAUACCCCCUUCAUUGCAUAUUCCCAAGUCCGAGCCACGCCUUCUCCCAUGGACGAACUCCCAUCAGCCAGACAUCAAUAAUUCAAAACUCAGGAUGGAAUCAUGGUUUCACGGUUUGAAGGCACCAGCGCCCAUAGAGGACGUCUAG